GAGUUGUCUCACUUGUAAAAGAUAACAUUAGCGAGCACUGGCCUGCCCACCGGUGAAAGUACAAGGAUUGCUCAGAGGACACUGGCCUGGUCCUGGCACUCACCAGUUUUGGAGUAGACUGUUUUAAUGAGAUGUGCACCACUUUGCCCUGCCCUUCGUUCUUCCUGCCAGUUAGCAGCUGCAGAUGUGACAGCUAACCAGCUAGCUCAGUUAGCUAGCUGUGUUGGAGCAUCAGCACCGGCUUUGAGGAGAGCGUACAUCACCAUCAGUCCUGCACGCCCCGACCAGCCAGCUAACUUCUUUGUUCGCCCUUUAUAUGGUGAGGCAGCCAGUGUAAAGCUAUUCCCCAGACCCGUCAUCAGAGAUGUAUCAGCUCCCAGUGAACAACCUCACAAGAAUCAGGAGAGCGAGGAAACAAGUGAAAAAGGCUCUUGGAGACAUUGGACUGGAGUUCUGCAAGGAGGCGGCGGAGGAAUUCAAAGACUUUUGCCCAAAUGAUCAAUUUGUAAAAGGCACUCUUUGCCUUGAUAUCUGCGGAUGGGAUCCAUCAUACUCUAAAACACAGGAAUACCGAUCGAAGCCAUUUUGCUGCACAGAGUGCCCCUUUUCUUCCAAAUACUACUCAGGCUACAAGAAUCACUUCCGCAAUGUGCACAGGAAAAUCUUUGACAGCAAAAUUCUGCUCAACUGUCCCUACUGCACAUUCACUGCAAGCAAGAGAACUCUGGAGACACACGUUAAAAUAUUCCACAUGCCCAAAUCAGCACGGCAGAACUAUGGAAACUCACAGGGAAUUGCACUAGGAAAGAAUGACAAAACCUAUCUUGAUAGAGCCAGACAGGGAAAUGGUGUGGAGAAAGCAAUGUACUUUUGUAAAAAGUGCACGUUCCGGGACUCUCUCUACAAUGUUGUGAGAAGGCACAUCUACAGGGAACAUUUUCAGCACAUUGUCUCACCGUAUCUUGGUAUGGUUUCUGAAUCGUUGGUCAAAAAUGGUGCUAAUUCUGUCAAUGGCAACAAUAUCCUAUGUAAACGCUGCCAGUUCUCCACACGUAGCUACGAGGCUCUAGUACAGCAUGUUAUAGAGUACCAUGAGCGCAUCGGUGCUCAGGUGACCACCAUGAUUGGACACGCUACUGUUGUUGUCUCAAGACCCCAGCUCUUACCAGAGGUGUCUCAGAAAGCACCUGUGAUCGUUAGCAGGGGGCUUACACAUAGAGCUGACUCACAACCCCAACCAGUAAUCGGCUAUUUAAAGCCAGUAGGCCCUGUUGUAAAAAAUCAGUCUUCCAUUGCAGCCGGUAAGGUGCGUGUCGCAGUUCCUGGCAACCCCAUUGUGGCUGAAAAUAACUCAGCGGGUGUAAACACAGCGCAGACGCAGAAGUGGAAGAUAUGUACAGUUUGCAAUGAGCUUUUUCCUGAAACCCUCUAUAAUGCCCAUUUUGAGAACGCACACAAGGCAAAGAAAGUGUGGGCACUGGCUAAGUACAUUAUGAAAAUCCACAACUUCACCAGCAAGUGUUUGCUUUGCAACCGCUACUUGCCCAGCGACACGCUGCUUAACCACAUGCUAAUCCACGGGCUCACCUGUCCACAGUGCCACUCUGCUUUCCACAAUGUUGAGAAAAUCAUGGAGCACACGUCUCAGGCUCAUCCCGAUGACUUUGUUGGACCCCCAGGUGCAUCACCGCUGACCUUUGAUCUCACCAUCAAACAAGAGAAGUCCAGUAACGUACAGCUUGUCGUUCUCACCUUUAACAUGAAGGAAUCUAUCAAUGGUCAGGAUCAGUCUGCACCUGCUCAGAAUGCUGUUCCACCUCUAGUCAAAGUUAGCGCUCCCAGAAUGAUUGAGAAAAGGCCCGACUCACUUUCUGGUAGAAGUUAUCCAGCAGUUACUCACAAGAGUGAGGUUGGAAAGACUCUGUGUCCGCUGUGCUUCACCAUCCUCAAAGGUCCCAUCUCCGACGCUUUGGCCAUGCAUCUGAGGGAGCGACACCAAGUGCUCCAAACAAUGCAUCCUGUAGAAAAAAAGAUGACGUACAAGUGCAUUCAUUGCUUGGGGGUGUACACCAGUAACAUGGUGGCGUCCACAAUCACCCUGCAUCUUGUGCAGUGCAGGGCAGUUGGUAGGACCCAGGCAGGCCAAGGCUUCAAGUCUGCCUUGACUCUCAACUCGUCUGGUGCUGGCUUCCUCAAGAGACAGCCACCACCGCCGGCCAUGACCAACCCUAAGAAAUUAAAACUGAGCAAGGAGUCAAAGAUUUCCACCACAGCUGUUGGAAGUCAGUUUGGAUCUGAUGGCCUUGCUCUGGAUCCCAGAAGCUAUGAACACAAGACGUAUGAGGCCAGGAAGAAUUUCCUGACCGCUUACUUCAACCGGCGACCCUACCUUACUCCUCAGGAAGAGGAAAGGCUGUCGGCAAGUCUGUGGCUAUGGAAAUCUGACAUUUCUAGUCACUUUGCAACCAAGAGAAGGGUCUGUGAGAAAUUAUGUGAGACCAAGAAGGUGUCUGUGCUGCUCGGCUUCGACAUGCAUGCUGUCAGGAAAGUUAAGCACGACCUGAUAUUUGAGGAAAGCAAGUUAGACGGCACCUCAGUGGCAAGACCUGGAGGCCUCAAGUUUGGUACUCCGAGCACAGACCAAAACAGGCAGUGUGAGACUCUAAACUGUACCUUAAAACUCAGUACGUGCACAGAGACCAUUUCCAUUGACUCAGACAGUGAACCAGAAAUAGAGGAGACACCCACUGAGAAUGGAAAUGUUGACACGAACCAACAAGAGAAUGUAUUAUCCCAGGAGCCAGUAAACCUGAUUGAGGAGACAGAACCUGUGAACACUGACGACUCCCCCAGAGAGCAGGAGAGUGCUUUGCAAGAUGGGAAAGCAGAUGUGGGGAUGACAUCCUGGUAGUGUCCCUGCUUAGCAGUGUGCCUUGGUUGAGUAACAGUUCAGUUUCAAAGAAGUGUAUAAAUUUUAAGACAACAAAGAACACAACACAGGUCGACAGACCAUAACAAAACCUGAUUAUUUGGUCAGAUAUUUGGUUCAGCUCCUGAUGUUUCCAGACAGACAAACAGUUACACUAUAGUGCAUAAGUAUAUGGCAUAUGUAAGUGACAUUGUAUAUAUUUUAGCCAUUGCUCUUUGUUAGGAUCUUCAUACAAUCUGUGUUAUUCACCUUUAAACUGUCACAAGAUUUAUGAAAUGAUUAUGCCAUCUUCCCUACUUGCAUAGUUUUGUUAUCUCAACUGUGACAAUGCUUUAUCAUACUGUUAUUUCACAUUUAGAAAGUGUAGGAUAUGCUAAUUGCUUAUGUACACGUUUUAAUAAAUAUGUUUGUUUAAUAAAAAAAAUUGCAGUUCUUUCCUA